AUGUUCACCACUCCACCUAGUGCGUACUAUCCAACGAUAAUUGUGAAAAAUUCCAGAGUGAAGGUCGUUGACACUUUCCCAUAUCUUCGCAGUACUCUAUCAAAAGAUGGUGCCCCGGAUGCUGAGAUUAUUCAAUCAGUCAAUCAACCUAAUCGUCGCUUACUUGUUUUUUUUAUUCCUAUAUCCUUUUUAAAUAUAUUCUCUCAUUUUACUUGUCACAUCCGGCGAAAAAACGUCAACCUGUCAGCAUUUUCUGUACAACUUCCUAUCCUUUCAUUACUUUCUCUCACUCCCACAUCUCUCUCUCUCUUUCUAUCUCUCUCUAAACAUAUAUAUCUCCAUCUCUUUCUCCACCUUUCUCUCUCUUUCCCUUCCCUCAUAUUAAAACCCUAUUUUAAAAUCUAUAUUUUUCUCAUCGUUCUCUCCUUCCCCCAUCUAUCUGGACAUAUAUUUUCAUAUCUUUCUCCAUUUUCUCUCUCUCUCUCUCUCUCUCUCUCUUUCCUUCCCUCCAUAUUAAAACUUUAA